AUGUGUUAUUGCAGACAGGAUACUGAGGAAGAUACCAUCAAGUGCUGUAAUCCAGACUGUGCCAUUCUUCAAUUUCACUUGUCAUGCUUGGGUAUUGAUGCUAUCCCCAAGACCUGGUACUGCCCUAAAUGUAGGACUUUACCAGGAUUCAAGCGAGGAGGAUCGAAGCACAAGUCAACUAGCAUAAUAAGUGAAGGUCUGAAGAUGAACUCAAUUUGUACUUAUAAAACUGUAGCCAACAAAAACGACAAGCUGGUAAAGUGCACUAACGUGGACUGCCCUAAUGGGAUGUUUUUCCAUUUGCCAUGUCUGGGAAGGAAGAGAAUGCCAAAUAACAAUAAAGUUUGGUUUUGUCCAGCUUGUAUGAUGAGUAAUGCACAAAAGCCAACUGAGGGUACAGCCCCUAAGCCAGCAGCCAUGCAUGUCACCACAAACACCAGGCCAACUGUCACAUAUGUCUCAACAAACAGCAAGCCAACUGUCACACAUGUCUCAACAAACACCAAGCCAAUGGUCACGUAUGUCUCAACAAACACCAAGCCAACUGUCACACAUGUCUCAACAAACACCAAGCCAAUGGUCACGUAUGUCUUAACAAACACCAAGCCAACUGUCACACAUGUCUCUACAAACACCAAGCCAAUGGUCACGUAUGUCUCAACAAACACCAAGCCUACUGUCACACAUGUCUCAACAAACACCAGGCCAAUGGUCAUGCAUUUCACAACCAACAACAAGCCAACAGCCAUGCAAGUGUCACCAAACACCACGCCAACAGCCACGCCAGUGUCAACAAACAUCAAGUCAACAGCCACGCAUGUCUCAGCAAACACCAAGCCAGCAGUCACACACGCCACAACAAAAGCAGAACCAACAGAAAGUUCUGGCAGUGAAGAAGUAACAAUUGUGAAAACUGUCUUAAAGAAGAUGCCUCCUCGUGACAAGUAUGGGCCAGAGGGAAAACUUGGCAAGUAUGAAUAUGACUUAAUCUCCUCCCCAAAUGGAUGGUUAGACUGUGUCAUUAUACAUGAAGCCCACAUACUACUGAAGAAAAUCAGUACAAGCAUACAAGGAUUUCAGAGGCCUACUCUUGGUCCAGUCCAUCAAUUUGACAUAAUGACAAGACCAUUUAUUCAAAUAGUCAACAUCAAUAAUAAUCACUGGGAAUGUUUUUCUAGCAUAAAUAGUCCUCCAGGUUAUGUGGAUGUCUAUGAUAGCUUAUCAACCCCCCUGGCACAAGAGUUAUUGCAACUGGCUUCAGACCUGACCGGACCAGCCUUUAAGGGAGUUCGCUUUAUUCCUGUGCAACAACAGAAAAAUGCUUCUGACUGUGGUGUGUUUUCAACAGCUUAUGACACAAGUUUAGUUUAUGGCCUGAAUCCAAUGAAUGUAACUUAUAACAUUAGCCAGAUGCGUCCACAUUUAUUACACUGUCUAAUGGGAGGAGUUAUAACUCCUUUUCCUACAUCUUGA